GAAAAAGAAGCGAGGGAGCGAGAUAGAGAUUAUAAUUGAGAGAGGAAACGUUUAGUUAUUAAGUUAUUUAACUUACUAUAAUCAUGGGCUACCUCGACGGGAAAUGGGCACCGUUGAUCAUGAUUACCGUGAUUAACACGAUUAAUGGGAUGGUUAACGCUUUGAUUAAGAAAGUUCUUGAUGGAGGCAUUAAUCACAUGGUUAUUGCUACCUAUCGUUUGGGUAUUUCCACCUUAUUUCUUCUUCCCAUCGCUUAUUUUUGGGAACGGAAAACAAGGCCAAAGCUAACUACAAGCAUCUCGUGUCAGCAUUUCUUCAGUGCCCUUUUUGGGGCGAGUUUGAUGCAAUUUUUUUUCUUGCUCGGGCUCAGUUACACUUCUGCCACGUUGGCAACUGCCUUCUGGGGCACAUUGCCUGCCCUCACUUUCAUUAUGGCCUUAAUAUUUGGAUUCGAAAAAUUAAACAUGAAAACAAAAAUAGGAUACGGCGUCAUCCUUGGAGCUAUGAUAAGCUUAGCAGGAGCUUUAACCCUUACGAUGUACCAAGGCAUUCCAUUAUCGAACUCUCAUGAACAAGCAACGAUUUCAAGCAUCCAUAAAGGAAAUGAGAAUUGGAUCAAAGGCUGUUUUCUUUUAUUCACAGGAGUUAUACUUUUCAGUUCUUGGAUGCUUAUACAAGCCAAGAUCAACGUUAGUUACCCGUGUCCAUAUUCGAGUACAGUUAUUUUAUCGGUCUUUGGGACGCUUCAAUGCGCUAUUCUUAGCUUUAUCAAGACUAGACAUGUCGAAGAUUGGAUCCUCGGAGACAAACUCACCAUCUUCACCGUCAUUAUAGCGGGAGUGAUUGGACAAGGAAUGUGUACGGUGGGAAUAUCGUGGUGUAUCAAACAACGUGGACCUGUCUUUACAGCAGCGUUCAGUCCUGUCACACUUAUGUCCGCAACCGUGUUCGAUUUCGUUAUACUUCAUCGUAUGAUUUAUGUUGGAAGCGUUAUUGGAUCUGUAGUAGUUGUGAUCGGUUUAUACAUAUUUUUAUGGAGCAAGAGCAAACAUAUAGAUGAGUGUAAGAUCGUGACGUUACCUACAAAUACGGUGGAAAAAGAAAAGGAAGAGGAAGAUCAUACAAAUGUUAACAAAUUAGGCCGUAUUUUGGUUAUCCCCAUGACACCUUGAUCUACUUCCCUAAAGUCUCUUUUUCAUUCAAUAAGACUACCAUGUCGUACGAAUCAACUGCGAAGAAGAAAAUAAUGUUCGCAUUCCAUUGUUUGUUGGAGUAUUUGAUCACUUG